CACAUUCUUAUUUUUUCUGACAGGGGGUCUCAAGGGGUACCAAAAGGGUGCAACGAGCGUCCCGUCGCCGUGGUAUUUGCAUUUGAUGCACUUGUCGCAUUGAGUUUACAAGUGGAUCAAGACUAGAUUGAACCCGAUCUUCUGUUUAUCUAUCAAACAAAAUGCCCGCUAAAGUAAAGAAAAAGAGAGCCAAGUCGAAAUCACCAGGGUCGGCUGAGGAAAAAAACAGACCACGACCAGACCCAAUUCCACCACAAGAUUUUGGACCAGAAGAACCAAAACCAUCACACCGAGAAAGUCUUCAAAAGGUACUUACCGGAGACCGAGUCGAUCUUCAAACCAAAGAGUUUAUGGGAUGUAGAAUAGCAACCAAGGUGUUUGAACAGCUUACCACUCAUGAGAUACGCGAUCUCAAAACAGUCUUUGAUGCUUUUGCUGAUAAAAGGGGGAUGAUACGAGCUGACCAUAUAAGGAGAGCUAUGAGAUCUCUUGGUUUCAAAGUCUCAAAAACGGAAGCAGUUGCCAUGGUAGCAGAUAUAGACCUUGAUAGAUCGGGAACAAUUGACUUCAAUGAAUUUUUGCUGUUCAUCAUUGAUAAGCAAGGCACAGCAAGAGAUGUACAAGCUGAAAUAUCACAAGGAUUCAAAAUGAUGGACUAUGAUAACACAGGCAAGCUAACAUUGGACAACCUGAAGCGAGCAGCAAAGGAAUCUGGUGUGAAGUUUACAGAGGCUGAUCUGAGAGAGAUGAUUGAGGAGGCUGAUAGGAAUGGAGACAAUAUGGUAGACCUUCAAGAAUUCUCCACUGUUAUGCUUAAAACAAAUCUAUUUUGAAUGUUAUUAAUGAACAGUUCUAUGUAUAGCACAUAUCACAUUAUGAACAUCUCUGCGCUUCCAAAGGACUUGGAUAUUAUUUAG